AUGAUCGACCCACAGUUGUUCAUUCCCGGUGUCCAGACACCGUUCACUCGUCCCGCGUCCCCCAGCAGCCUCUCUUCUGGCAGUCUUUCACCGGGUCUGCCUGCACCCACUCCUCGCAUAGAGCAAAGCAAAGAUGAAAUUGAACAUAUGCUGAUCAAAAUGCAAAUCCUUGCCUUUACAGAACACGGUAUUGGGAACGAACUUGAAUCCCUCUACGCAUCAUUCUCCCGCUGCCUCGAGCUUCGAGACAAAUACCUCGAACUGUCCAACCAGCGUCUCGGCGACAACCCGCGAGACCACGACGGCACAUUCCACGGCUUCAACCCCCCCUCCGCCGCCGACGUCACCGGCCUCAAACCCGAGUACAACCCCGAGUCCUCCGAGCUCCCUCCCAAUGCCGAAGACGCCCUGCCAGCAUGGAACAUCUAUCCCCCUCCUCCCGCGCCGCAUUGGCACUGGAAGAAGGCUGAUAAUGGUCCUCUGCCUGAGCCUGCGCCGCUGACUAACCAGGGUGAAGAGGAGAAUGACGGCAAGAAGGCGAAAGGGGUGUCGUCGAAGGAUAGUGAGGUGUUUGAAGUGGCAGACUGUGAGAUUCCUGGGAGGGACCCGACUGGGUGGACGUACGGGCUUAAUGAUGAGGGUGUCUUUACUGUAUUCGCUGCGGAGCCUGCUUCGGCCGAGGCGACUCCGGUGAAGGAAGGUGAAGCUCCCCAGCGCAAGACUCCUCUGAGCCGUGUGCCCACGCUCAAAGAGUACUUUACGGACCUCGACUACCUCCUCGGUGUCUGCUCUGAUGGACCUGCAAAGAGUUUUGCGUUCAGGCGACUCAAGUAUCUCCAGAGCAAGUGGAGUUUGUAUUGCUUGUUGAACGAGUAUCAGGAGUUGGCGGACAUGAAGGCUGUUCCGCACAGGCAACGCAGAGACUUUUACAAUGUCCGAAAGGUCGACACCCAUAUUCACCACUCGGCUUCAAUGAACCAGAAGCAUUUGUUGCGAUUCAUCAAGUCCAAGCUGAGAAAGUCGCCCGAUGAAAUUGUCAUCCACCGAGAUGGCAAGGAGCUUACCCUCAAGGAAGUCUUCCAGUCGCUCGACUUGACUGCUUAUGAUCUCUCCAUUGACAUGCUGGACAUGCACGCGCAUCAGGAGUUCCACCGAUUCGACAGGUUCAACGACCGAUACAACCCUACCGGAUCUUCUCGUCUCCGAGAGAUCUUCUUGAAAACUGACAACCUGUUGAAGGGCAAAUACCUCGCAGAGCUGACUCAGGAAUUGAUCACCGAUUUGGAGCAAAGCAAAUACCAGCAAUCCGAAUGGCGUCUUUCCAUCUAUGGCCGAAACACCAAUGAAUGGGACAAGCUUGCCAAAUGGGUUGUCAACCACAAGCUCAUCUCGCACAAUGUCCGAUGGCUUAUCCAAGUCCCGAGGUUGUAUGAGGUGUACAAGGGGCAGGGGCUGGUGAACAACUUUGAGGAUGUUGUGAAGAACAUUUUUGGACCGCUCUUCGAAGUCACUCAGGACCCUUCUUCCCACCCCGAGCUUCACAUUUUCCUCCAGCGAGUUGUCGGAUUCGACUCUGUCGACGACGAGUCCAAGCCCGAGAGGCGAUUGUACCGCAAGUUCCCGACGGCCAAGAUGUGGGACACCAAGCAGAGUCCGCCUUACAGCUACUGGAUCUAUUACAUGUAUGCCAACAUGGCCAGUCUUAACGCUUGGCGCAGAUCCCGUAACUUUAACACAUUCGUCCUCCGUCCCCAUUGUGGUGAAGCCGGUGAUCCCGAUCAUCUCUCCUCCGCUUUCCUCACCGCCCACUCCAUCUCCCACGGUAUUCUCCUGCGAAAGGUCCCUGCUUUGCAGUACCUCUUCUAUCUCAAGCAGAUUGGUCUUGCCAUGUCGCCUUUGAGUAACAAUGCUCUGUUCUUGACUUACGAGAGAAACCCCUUCAAGGACUUUUUCAGGACAGGUUUGAAUGUCUCGCUAUCUACCGAUGACCCGCUUCAAUUCCACUUUACCGCAUCUCACUUGCUCGAAGAGUACUCGUGUGCUGCUCAGAUCUACAAGCUUACCCCCGCCGAUAUGUGCGAGCUGGCCCGUAACUCCGUCUUGCAGUCUGGCUGGGAGAUGCAGGUGAAGAAGCACUGGAUUGGACAGCACUGGUACCUGCCCGGUGCGGCUGGUAAUGACAUCCACAAGACGAACGUUCCCACCAUCAGGUUGGCGUACCGUCAAGCUACCUUGUUGGAAGAGCUUGCUCUCAUCCGACACGGCAAACACUCCCCGUCCGCUACCCCAACCCACCUCAAACCUCGCACCGAGACCACCGCCGCCAUUCCCGAGCGUCCCGGUAUGACCACCCAAGCAUCCGACGUCGGUGCUGCCGCCAUGUCUAUGAGCGCUGGUGUUGGCACUGCCGGAGUUGGGGCUACCAAUGGAUCGCACCUCGUCGGAGGUGCGAGCGAGUUGGACCAGAGGAGCUUGGAGAAGCAGAGAGGGCAACAGUAA